AUAUAUAUGUGAAAAAGCUUAACCUUAAAUGCUUCUUUAAGUUCUUAAUAGUCCGUGAUCGUUUCUAGCACCGCGGAAAUUAGAAGAUCUAAAAAAGACACAUUAUCGAGGAUUCUACCAUGGAUUAUAUCGAAAUCACUUAUCACGAUUAUUUAGCAGAGUGUGUAAACUGUAUACUAUUUGAUAAUUGGUUGAUAUAUGAUUGGGAGAAUCAUUUACUGAAUUAUUACAACCCUAACAAAAACCCCUUGCCUGCCAGGGAUAUAAAUUUUAGUGUGAAUGAUGAUCACAUAGAAAUCUAUGAUACCCAGUAUGAAAUAGAACCUUAUACAGAUAUAGUACCUAAUGUUGAGGGGCGAUUAACAACUCUCUGGAUGUGCACAUCCAUUAAAAUUAAAAAUGGUAAAAUAAGAGGCAAAAUGUGUAUUCGUAAUAUCUCAGAUCCUCCUCUACAUACAGAAUUUGAACUUUCUCUAAAAGAUGCAGAAAUGAAACUACUUGUUGGAUUCUCAAUAGAUAACAAAGAUCAUUAUGAUGGUGAUUACUUUGAGUUUGAUAACUCCGUAUAUACAGUGAGUUCUGAAAGUCUAUCUUUUACAUACACUGAACAAAAUUCAAAAAUAGUAUCAAUUUUUGAUAAAAUAGCAGAUGCAAGCCAAAAAAAACUUCUCAAACAGUAUCUGUUGGACUAUUUUACAAAAGAUAUCUAUACUGCUGCAUUAAAAUUUGAACAUGAGAGUCUUUCAAUAAAGACAACUGUUAGUGAUCAAGUUGGCGCAAACUACAGUUUACGAAAUGUAUUAAGAUUACACAAUAGAAAGCUUCAUACAGCUUUUAAAAAUUUAGCUGAAAAAAUUAUAAGCUUGACUAAUAUAAUGGUACAAGAAACUUCAAUGAAGGUUCAAGUAAAAAAAUUGUUUGGGCUUAUUAGUUUACCAAACAAUGAAAAGAAAAUCCAAAUUUAUCAUGGCUUUAUCAGUAACUUACAUUCCUUAAAAAUAGUAAAUGAUAAAUAUAUAAUAGUGUCAAAGAAAAAUGAUUUGACAAUACUUCAUAUUCCAGUUGUAUUUGAUCAUUUAAAUAUAAACUAUCAAAACAUAGAGCAAGAUAAAACCAAACAAACAAUUAGUGAUGUAUUUUCUGUACAAACUUAUACAGUCAAAGAAGCCUAUUUUGUAAUGUCUCUUAAAAAAUUGAAUCCAAGUAAAGUGGAAUUUAAUUUGAUGGAUUUCAAAAUAAUGAAUUUCAAAUGUAUGUCCAAUGUGCAAGUUAUUAUGACAAUGGACUAUUUAAUUACACAUGCGGUUGAAGAAAGUAUGAGAUCUUGCAUAACAGAAGUAUUAAAAAACGAAACCCUCAACCACUUGGCAAUACGUCCUCCAGUUGAAAUUGAGUAUUAUGGAAAUGAGUUUAAUGCUGAAGAAAGUGAUGAUUCUCAAAUGGAAAAUGAUUCCAAUGUGGGAGAAUAAAACCUCAAAGUCCAAAAUAUGUAUAAAUAUAUUUUUAUAAAUGUUUUGAUAUCCUAUUACUUAAA